CAGACUUCCUGCUUUGCAGGGCAGGUCUGUUGGGGAAGCCGCAACAGCUCACACACAAUUACGUGUUACACAGAUUUCUGCUGCUCUCAACUACUCAAUUCGGCGGGGAGACUGAGUAGCGGCGACAAAUCGCAAGAGUGGCAGUUCUGUGCGCUGCUCAAAUCUACAGUCGCCAAUACAGCAGCUCACUGCUUUGUUAAAUAAAGCAGCAUGUGAUUCCUAGAAUGGACAGGUGGAAUGGGUGCCAGUCAGUAUAAAUGGACGAGACCAAGAAUGGAAGCGCCGAUAGCGCGGGGGGAGUCGGAGUAUGGAGCUGGGACUAUAUGAUCGCCUGCUUCGCUGAGGAAAAAGUUUGCGUGUCCUUCGUGCUGUGGCUCCUUUCCUGCAUCUUCUGGCUCACCUCCUGCUCCAUACAAAUUAACUUGCGAUGUACAAGGAAAUCCAGUCAUGAGGCAACCGUGUUUUGGGAUAUAUAUAGAUUUUUUGGCUCCAUGUGUAACACUAUUGGAGCACUGCUGUCCAAGCAACUCACUAUCCAGGUCAUUACUGGAUUCUAUAUGGCCUUAACAGAUGUUGUACACUUUUUAUUAACCCUUUUCCCUGUUUGCACCUACAAAGAUAGACCCCGAUCUAACCAUCGUUCUCGGACAAGGAAAAAGUCAAUUCUGUCUGCUUUGUCAGUCACAUUAUUUGCAGUUGUUGGGUAUAACUUACUGAAUGCCCAUAAUUUUGCAUCCUAUGAUGUGUCGUAUAUUCCACAAAGAAGGCUGCUUGAGUCUGCACUACAAGAACGCACCGACAUUGUGGGCUUCAUGCUGGGAAUUAUCGCUGUUAUUGUUUCAUGGACAGCCAGGGUACCCCUUUUAACAAAAGUAUGUAAGGGGAAGGUAUUCCCAGUUCUGCAUAUCUGGGCUAUCUUCUUUUCCUCUCUCGCCAGCAUUAUGUAUGCAAUUUCUGUCAUGUCUCAUGAUCGCCAUCCUGCAUACUUUAUAAGGGCCAUUCCUUGGUUUCUCAUCUCUUUGGGAGCUGCUGCUCUAGAUGUUGCCCUUAUGUUCUUGUCCUGCCUAAUGAAACAUAAGUUUAUACUUCCAAUGACAUUGGUUUCUAUGCCAGCGGACAUUUCAGACCAAACUGAGUUGCUUGCACAGGAUGAAGAACAUGGGGAAGAAACAGAUGGAAAGCACAAUCCUGCAGAGAAGAAACGGAAAAGUUGGACUCCAUUAAAUAUGAUUCCUGACAGAGGGCAGAACAUUAAGAAAGCACUCGGACGGUACGUGAGACUAAGCAUUGAACAGGUGCAGGAGUGGGACUUUGAAGAUAUUAAUCCACAGUGGAGUAACAACUCUCACAUACCAAGUAUUCAUCCCAAAGACAGCUCUGUAUUGAGCACUGGUACUGAACAGCAACUUGCCCAUUUGUUGUGAGCAAUCAGCAAGGAUUUUACAACCAAUAAAACAACAAACUGCAAGGCUGUCAGUACAGGCGGCCAUCAAUUGAGAAGACUUCAGAUAAGCACUGAAAAUGCAAAUGUUGCCUCAACAACUAUAGGGGAAUAUUUCUUUCACUUGUGACUGUGUUUCUUUGCAACUGGGAAUGGACUGCAGCAGCAGGAGGUUCUAUAGAGGUCAUUAGAGCAAAUGUUGUACUGUUAUUGUGUUUCAGAACUGAAUACAAUUAUCUGGAAACUGUAUAAUUAUAGAGUGGCUUUUGGAAGGUUUUUGAAAUAAAUAUGAACACAUGUUAUACAGAGCUUGAAUAAUAAAACAGUACUUUGUAUUUGAUGGUAAAUAAGCUGCAUGAAUCCAUAUUGGUGGUAAAACAAUCCUGUUUGGUUCAUUUAAUGGUUAAAUGACUCUUAGCAGGUUUAUGGUAUGAUGAUCCAAAUUAUGGAAAGAUCCCUUAUCCGGAAAACCCCAGGUCCCAAGCAUAUUGCUUGUGCAUGCACAGUAGUUUAAAAUCCUUGGUUAAAGUGACCACAUAUAGAGAGAAUUCCAAUAUACAGAAGCUGUGAAACUAUUGAGUAAACUGAGAACACAUUUUUAACUGAUAAAUUGAUUUAGACAUUUCCAGCUUGGCCUUCUGUACAGAGACGAAAGGGCACAUUCACUUACCUUGAUGCAGUAUGCAAAGUGCAAUUUUGGUAGCUCUAUUCCCCUUGUGGCAGUAGACUCAGCAGUGCCCAAAGGACUCAGUGGCACAGAGUGUAACUCUAGGGAAGUGCGAAAAGCACAUUUUGACAAAACAAGACUUUAAACUAAUAUUUUUGCAAAAUACACAUUUAUGAAAAAGUCAGCAUGGAUCAAUACUUACUUUAUACCCCAAACUACCUGCAAUUUACGUUAUUUCCAAAAAGGACUCAAAAAAAUCAUCUCAUUUCCCAUAUGUUCUUGAGUACAAAGACAAAACAUCAUAAAGCUCAGGUCUUUUACAGUUUGUUACUAACUAUUUGUAGGAUAUGCACAUUUUUACCUAUACAGUUGGACUGUAUUGACUAGCACAUUCAGAUUGCCAUGGCUAACACUUCAGCCCCUGAAGAAAUAAACUAUCUUAGCUGGGAAGAUUUCAAGUCUUUUAUUGAUAAUAUUGUUGAUGAAUCCACUGAUUUGAGUUCCCAUACCUGUGCAUACAAAUUAGUGACAACCAAGUUACUGAUCUAAGCCCUACAAAGCUGAAAGCGCUUAUUUGUAUUCUAUUUGCAAAUGCUUCAGUGUCUAUAACAUUGAAAUGGAAGGCGCAUACAGCCCAACCAUAAUGUUUUGGAGGAACCAGGUAAAGUACUACCCAUGUAUAAACUGUUAUAUAGUAAGAGCGGGUACCCCACAAAAUGUGAAAAAAUAUUAUCCUCGCUGUACAAACACAAUAUGUAAGGUUAGCACCAGCACAUCAGCCCCAAUAUGCCCCAACAACUGCUAAACAUGAAUGGCCUGGUGUCUAAUAGUAAUCCUAUAGGGAAAAAAGCAAUGCACAGUUUAUGUUUUAUUUACUAUUGUAAACUUUAGAUUUUUAAAUAACAGUUUAAUGGAUGUACAUGCAGCAUAGACAUAUGAUGGAAACUGAUAAUAGAUUUAAUGGUUACUAAUGCUGAUAUAAACAACAGUAUUUGUAUCAUAUGAAUCUGCUUAUUAUAAUCUGAAUGGAAACUCUGUCUGUACUCUCUUUCUUCAUAAAGUACUGGUUAAAAAAAUGAA